UUGGGUCCUCGUGAUCUCUCUUUCUCUCCGUGCGAUCGAAAAGAUCGGGCCAGCUCAGUUCCCAUUACACCUCCCCCUGUUUCCCCCAUCAUCCCGAUCUCGCCGUGUCGGGGUAUUUUGAACCGGGGGGAUAGCGGAAAACCUAGAAGAAGAAGAGGAGCAAGGACAACGAGCUGCCAGCGCCCGCUUCGUCGCGGUCCGACGGGCAGAAAUGGCGCAGAAGCUUCAGCAGCAGCUGAAGGAGGUGGGAUCGAAGCUUCAGAACCCUCCCGCGUCGAAGGACGCCCUAAUCAAGCUGCUUAAGCAAGCUGAAAAUUGUCUAUCUGAGAUGGAGCAGUCACCAGAGCCUUCAAUCUUGGACUCGAUUCAGUCUUUUCUUAAUGCAAUUGCAAAAAAAGAAUUGUUGACACAUCAAGAUCGAGAUGUCAAAGUUCUCGUAGCAACUUGUGCUUGUGAAGCCACCCGAAUAACGGCACCAGAAGCUCCUUACAGUGAUGAUGUUCUGAGGGAUAUGUUUCAUUUGAUUGUUGGGACUUUUGCUGGAUUAGGUGAUAUUAGCAGUCCAUCGUAUGGGAGAAGGGUUGUUAUCCUGGAGACUCUUGCUAAAUACAGGUCAUGUGUUGUAAUGUUGGAUCUUGAAUGUAAUGAUCUCAUACAUGAAAUGUUCAGAACAUUUGUUUCUGUUGUCAGCGAUGAUCAUCCCCAAAACAUUCUUACAUCAAUGCAAACGAUCAUGAUCCUUAUUCUAGAUGAAAGUGAGGAUGUACAGGAAAAUCUUGUAACUACCAUACUUUCAGCUUUGGGCCGUAAAAAAAAUGGGUAUUCUAUGGCUGCACGGAAGCUUGCGAUGAAUGUUAUAGAACAUUGUGCAGACAAACUUGGACCAUGCAUAGUGCAGCUUCUAGUGUCUUCACUGUCUGACGACAACAGUUAUUUGGAUCAUUCACUUGAUCAUCAUGAAGUCAUCUAUGAUAUAUAUCAGUGUGCACCCCAAAUUCUUACAGGCAUAAUUCCUUAUAUAACAGGCGAGUUGUUGACAGAUAAGUUAGAUAUUCGGCUUAAAGCAGUUCAUCUACUAGGAGAUCUAUUUUCUUUAGCUGAAGUACCUAUCUCUGAAGCUUUUCACCCAGUCUUCCUGGAGUUUUUAAAGAGAUUGACUGAUAGAGUAGUGGAAGUCCGCCUGUCUGUGAUUGAACACUUGAAGAAUUGCUUGAUUUCAGAUCCUUCCCAUCCUGAGGCUCUCCAGAUUAUAAAGGCACUUUCUGAUCGAGUGUUGGACUACGAUGAAGAUGUUCGCAAGAAAGUUGUUGCUGCAGUUUAUGAUGUUGCUUGCCAAUCAUUAAAUGUCAUUCCACCCGAAACUGCCAGUCUAGUGGCAGAGCGUAUCCGAGACAAAUCUUUGACUGUAAAGAAAUAUACCCUGGAGAGGCUAGUUGAUCUGCAUCGACUCUAUUGCUUGAAGAGCUCUGAUGGUUCAAUACAUAUUGAGGAUUAUAAGUGGAUACCUGGGAAGAUAUUGAGAUGUUUAUAUGACCGUGAUUUUAGGUCAGAGGCAAUUGAACUUAUCCUUUGUGGAUCUUUGUUCCCACCUGAGUUCUCAGUAAAAGAUAGGGUGAAAUAUUGGGUAACAACUUUCUCAGUGUUUGAUAAAUUUGAGGUGAAAGCUCUUGAGCAGAUUCUUGCACAAAAACAAAGGUUACAGCAAGAAAUGCAAAAGUAUCUGUCUCUCAGACAGACAUAUCAGGAAGAUGCAGCUGAACUCAACAAAAGAAUUUUUGGCUGUUUCAAGGGUAUGUCUCGCCUGUUCAAUGACCCUGUGAAGACCGAGGAGAAUUUUCAGUUUCUCAAUCAGCUAAAAGAUGCCAAUAUUUGGAAAAUCUUGACAACACUUCUUGAUCCAUCCACUCAUCUACACCAAGCAUGGUCAUGUCGGGAUGACUUGCUAAGGAUCCUUGGAGAGGAGCAUCCACUCUUUGAUUUUAUGGGUACACUUUCUUUGAAGUGCUCAUACCUGCUCUUCAACAAAGAGUACGUCGUGGAGAUACUCUCAGAAGCUGAUGAACAACAAUCUGCAGGAAAUGCAAAACUUAUUUCUUCAUGCAUGAACCUACUUACGGUUAUUGCAUGUUACUCUCCCUUGCUUUUGGCUGGAUGUGAAGAAGAUCUCAUUCGUCUUCUGAAAGAGGACAAUGAAAUAAUAAAAGAAGGCAUUGCUCAUGUUUUGGCAAAGGCUGGCGGGACUAUUCGUGAACAACUUACGGUGGCAUCAAGUUCAGUUGAACUACUUUUAGAAAGGCUAUGUCUAGAGGGUACCAGGAAGCAGGCAAAAUAUUCUGUACAAGCCAUAGCAGCAAUAACUAAAGAUGAUGGUCUCAAGUCACUCUCUGUUCUAUACAAGAGGCUUGUGGAUAUGCUGGAGGAGAGAAGACACUUGCCAGCCAUUUUUCAAUCUCUGGGAUGUAUAGCACAGACUGCUAUGCCAAUUUUUGAAACUAGAGAGGAUGAAAUUAUGGAGUUUAUAAUGAAUAAAAUCUUGCAGAGCAGUAAUAAGGCUGAUGAAGUUUCUUUAGAUGAUACUGAAUGGAGUGAAAGGUCUGAACUCUGUUUGAUAAAGAUAUUUGGCAUCAAAACAUUGGUUAAGAGCUAUUUACCUGCCAAAGAUGCUCAUUUGAGACCAGGAAUCGAAAAACUUUUGGAAAUUCUGAAGAACAUACUUUCUUAUGGGGAGAUUGCACAGGUUAUUAUAUCAAGUGAUGUUGAUAAAGCUCAUAUGAGGCUUGCUUCAGCAAAAGCUGUUCUUCGGUUGUCAAGACACUGGGACCAGAAGAUACCUGCUGAUAUUUUUUACUUGACUUUAAGAAUUUCACAGGAUGCCUAUCCUCAAUCUAGGAAAUUGUUCUUGAACAAAGUUCAUCAGUAUAUCAAGGAACGGCAAUUGGACGCAAAGUAUGCUUGUGCCUUCUUACUCAACGUUAACGAUCGUCUCUCCCUAGAGUAUGAAGAGUGUCAACAAAGUCUACUUGAACUUGUACAAAUAUGCCAGCAAGUUCGGAUGCGGCAACUUUCUGCACAAUCUGACAUGAACACUACAGCAGCUUAUCCAGAAUAUAUUCUUGCAUAUGUGAUCCAUGCCCUUUCGCAUGAUCCUUCAUGUCCUAACAUUGAUGAAUGCAUGGAUGUUCAGGCAUUUGAGCCUACCUACUGGCGGUUGAAUCUAUUUCUUUCCUCGCUGUUGCAUGGUGAUGAAGGUAGCCAAUCUGGUGCUUUUCCAAACCAGAGAAAGGAGAGUUAUAAUGCAAUAUUUUCUAUCUUCCACAGUAUUAAGAACUCCGAGGAUAUAGUGGAUGGAUUAAAAUCAAAUACUGUACAUGCUAUAUGUGAUCUUGGGCUCUCAAUUGCAAAGAGAAUAGUGUCCGAGAAGGUGGAGGUUUCAGGGUUUGAUACCGUUCCUUUGCCAUGUAUGUUAUACAAACCUGUUGACAAAAGCAAAGAUGAAAAUGCCAUGGAUGAUGACAAUCAGACAUGGUUGACUAGUGAUAGUGCCUUGGCCCAUUUUGAAGCUCUUAAACUUGAACACGAGGAAAAGGGUGAUUCAGGUGCUGCAAAGGAUGAAAUGGUCUUGGAGGAGAAUAAUGGAGAUGACAGUGAAGUUCCUCUUGGGAAGAUGAUGGAAAUUCUUAGAUCUCAGGCAGCCAGGAAGAAGAAAAAGAAAGCUGUGAAAAAGGAUAACUUACCUUCUGUUUUGGAAAAUUUUGAAAAUGACUUUGAUGUUCUCGGAGUUGUAAGAGAAAUAAAUUUGGACAAUCUUGAACGAGUACAAACCACGGAAAUAGACAACUUGGUAGCAGAUAUUGAAUGCAAAAGUGCAAAAAUGGCUGAUAAAAGUAAUGAUGAGAAAUAUAUGGUAUCUCCAAAGAAAAAACAAGAUGGACCUAGCAUUGAGGCUGUUGUGCCUGCUACAAAACGCAGAAGGUCAGUUUCCACACAUAGGUCAAAUUCAUUAAAGGGUCAAAAAGGAAGCACAAAGGUUUCUCCCCCAGGGUCAUUUGGCAAAGAUGAGGCAGUGCAUUCUUUGGUGGAACAAAGUUUAUUUGAGGACAUGGCUGAAACUACUACACACUUGCUAGUCUCACCAGGUAUCUCAUCAACAAAAGGAAGGAAAAUUGCUGACAGAUUGCAUGUUGAAAAGGCUUUGAACAGUACUCCAGAGAAAUUGGCCUUGUCAGAAGACAACAGAAAGAAAGGUGAUCAAUCCAAAAGCUUAACUAGUUUAACUAAAAAGCGUAAAAGAAGAAGCAUUGCUGGUUUAGAAAAGUGUUCAUCACACAUAAGUCAAAUAAGUGAUGCUGAGUUGGUUGGAUCAAGAAUAAAGGUUUGGUGGCCACUGGAUAAACGGUUCUAUGAAGGUCUUGUACAUUCUUAUGAUUCAGAAAAGAAGAAACAUACGAUACUUUAUGACGAUGGUGAUGUUGAAGUGCUUCAAUUAGGCAAAGAAAAAUGGGAAGUUGUCAGUAACAUUCACACUCCUAGAAAGAAAGAAAAUACUCGACAUACACAAGCAGUGAAAGACAAGUCACCUGAGUCUAUAAAUAACAAAAUUUACCAUUCUGAUUCAGAGAAAAAUAAGGAUACAAGGAAGAAGUCUUCCUCAUCCAACUCAAGGAAAAAAGGUCCUACCAAAAAACACGUAGGGAAAAAAAGCAAAAUCGUGUUAAAGAGUAACAGUAAUGCAGAUUCUAGUCUGGACAGUAGGGGUGACUCUGAUGUAUCAGAUAUCCACCCUCGCUCCAUGUUCAAUGAUGUCACUGAUGGGCUUGAAGAGAAGGAAGCCUCACCAGACCCAGAAGUGGGAGUCGAUACAAAAGUGGGAUCAAAAGAGUUGGAUGACAAGUUAUCAAAGGAAGAAUCACCAGAUCAUUCCAGUUCAGAUGGGAAGGAUGACUCAGACGAUGAGCUUAUUAGUGCCUGGAAGCUACGAGCCGGGAAGUCCACCUGAAUCUUCAAUGCCCACCCUCACCUUUGCCGAGUCCAUUUUGUGGUUUCCCGUCUCCUCACAUGCUUUCAUUGUCAUGCCACAACCGACGUUCUUGUAGGAUGGCUUGGUGAAAUGGCCCAAGAGACGGUGAUACUACGACAUGGAUAUCGAGACAAAAGCUCUGUAAAAUGGCAUAUUGUCAGCGCAAGUUUAUCCACUGCUUUAGAUUUUAGUGUCUUGUUGACAUGAACAAUGGAACACUGUGGGCAUUAUUAUGGAUUUGCGAUCCAAUUCGUUGUAUUGUGUAGCCACCAAUAUCUUCUGCCUGACAUGCAAAUAACUAACAUACUAAUGAUUCUGAAUUAAACUGCAUAGUUAGAACAUUGUUC